AUGGAUGAAGGUGCUUCUUCUAGCUCUGGACUUCGUCCUUCAAACAGUGACUUCAAGGAAUUUGGAUAUUACGGAAGACCCGAGUUCGGGUUCAAACUAGACAAGCAACCCCUGCCAAGCAGUGCUUUGGAUCAGCAUUUCGACACUCGUAUUCAUUAUCAGGGCACGCCGGUGCUUUUUUCAAAAUUUGAUACUGUGCAGAAAGUGGCGGAGGCUCUGGUCAGCCACAAGAGGAUCUGGCUUGCUGGCCCCUCGUCUGCUAAAACACCCAAUAAGCUCCCCCCGUACAUGGGCAUGGAAUAUCACGGUCGUGGCUCUCUCAAUUACAUACCUGUAAGCCAGGAAGAGAUUCAUCCGCAUGUCCUGGACGCGCAGGAGUUCAGGAACAAGCAUGGUGAGAAUGCUCUGUACCUUAGGUUCGGGCGUCCGUUCACCAAACGAGAAGGGCGACUAUUCUUCAGUUAUCAAACACCUACAUGGAAAAAGGUAAAAUUGAGCGACACGAAGUUCCAUCUGAGACAGACAAAGCUCACCGAUCUGCGCAAUCAUCUCAACAAGAACAACUACCUCCUAACUUAUGAUUCAGUUACGCACGAGCAUCUCGGCUUCGCAUUAGAUAAAGACGGCGGGGUGAUUUUCGAAAACUUGGGUGAAUACCUUGGCCGGGCGUAG